AUGUGUAUCAACAUUUCAUUCUAAAUAUAGUUUAUUGGAAUUUCCGGUUACUUGUAAAUAGGAAAGUAGAGAAACUUUGAUCGUAAUUAUAUGCCGCUUUACUCACGUAUAUAGUUUGCAACCUUUUUUUAUUAAAAGAAGAAUUUCAUACAGAGGGAUGAUUUGUGACGGCCUUUCCUGUUGAAAUGUUGCAGACAAUAUGACACUGUACGGGGUGAAGCCGGAAUACUAACUGAACUAUGUCUGCGGUCCCUGCUGUAUCGUAUAGGCUGUUUCCAUGGACAGUGUAUCCUAGGCCUGGCUUUUUCAGGGCGCAAUAUGUAGACCUCUAUCCAAGAUUCAGAAAGAUUAUUGAUUCACUGCCGGCAGUUGUUAAAAACCAAGGGCUUCUUAAUAAACUGGAUGCAGUAAAUGGACAACUAAAAGAAUCUCUGCGGAUAAAUGUUAUAAGCGACGCUGAUUUAUCAGUUAAACAGUACAUUCUAGAUGAGACAGUUUUACAAGAUACGGCUAGCAUCCUAGUGCCAUCGUCGCUUGAAAUAUGCGUUUGCUACAUACAUUGUGCAAAAUUAGAUGAUGCUUUUGCAAAGCAUACUGACGAAGUGUUGCGGAGCCUCAUAAACGUGACAGACAGGACGUCAGCAGACACUGCGUUUCUUGCUUUCGAUUUCAACAGCCCAGUCUCCGCUGAAGAUAACGAUAGAGUUACAAGUUAUGUUCUCCAAAACCUCGGGGUGCACGCGGAAGGUCAUCGGAGACCGAAUUUGAAUAUUGUUUUCGUUGAAAAUGAAGUUUCAUUACCUUCAGCGAUAUCAGAGUACUUAGAAAGUGCACUUGUUCAAGUUUUUCAUGACAUGUACACCUUUGUACUGUCGCUCAUUCCAAAAGAAAGACAUAAGAGAUAUGUAACUACUUUGGAGGGCUACACAAGAAGAAAGGGGGUGCACUCUGCCAUUCUUGCUUUUAUGAGUGAUGUACAUAUGCAGUUUGGGGAUGCCGAAGGAUUUACAGACGAACAUAUAAAACGGAUUUUAACGAAGCUGGGGCGCCUGUUCAGAUGCAGCAUAUUUACACCGUACCUGCAAAAUAAGUACGGCAUCCCGUCGUGGAUUUGUUCAUCCGUGUUAGAUUCAAUACAGUUUGAGGAUCACUUCCAGUCUAACGUUACGGACGAAACUAGUCGAUUCAUCAUCAAGUCUAUUGAAAAUGUGCGAAAGGAAAUCAAGGGACCAAAUGAUUUUGUUCUCCUGUUUGGAAACCAAACGAAAGAAAAACGUUUUAGCUGGGUUAGUCCCAAAUUGCUGACUGAUUUGCACGAUUUGCUACAAUUUGCCGAAAGGAAGAUUGCAUCAGUUACCCGAGUUGUUGGUAUUGUAAAGAAACUAGCGUUCGAAAUGGAAGGGUAUCUAGAACAAGCAAUCGGGAACGACUUCAAGCCUUAUGCAGAACCGCCUAUUGUACCAGGCGAAAUACGAAAGGAGCUUCUAAAGUUGAACUAUGUGUAUUCAGUUGGCACAGUGUAUAACGACUUCGUUAUAUACCUUAAAGGAGACGGACGUGAACCUAUGGAAACGGAAGAAUUGCAAGAAGACCGGUUUUCAACAUUGAAAAGGGCCGCACAAUACGACAUUAAAACAUUGAUGAAGACCCAUUGCACCUUCUUACCUUACAAGCUGCAGGUUGUUUCGAGGCCUAUCCAGACAUUUGCUGAUAAUCACUUCUUUCCUGGUUCGAAAAUUUCAAAAAUAGGCAGUAACGGUUGGGGAACGCUUGGUGGAUUUUUCCGGAAUGAACAUGGAUCAUUUGCGAUCACCUGCGACCAUGUGCUUGAGUGUGGGGAUGAGGCGGAGGUCGGGAUUUUCGAAGGGACAUCAAAUCCCGUGGUGAUCGGGUGGACCUCGCGAGAUAUGAGUGUGCGCGCGGGAGAAAAUAUUAAUUUCAGUUUGGUGGAUAUUGCAGCAAUAAAAAUGAAAGAAUGUGAUAGAUGCACUUUGGAGUUUCUGGAUGCAGAUUGCAAGCUUAGAGUGGCGGAGCGUUUUGAAGGAACAUCGUCAGAUUUACGCAGACGUACCGCUUUUAAACACGGUGCAAAAUCUUCUCUUACGACUGGUAUUAUCGUGUCCGGUGAUUUUGAAAUGAGUUUGGCAGACUGCACGAGUAAUUAUGUUGUUCUAAUAGAAGACAAACCUGGUUCAGCGGAAAGAUUUGCCAUGAAAGGCGAUAGCGGGUCUGUCAUAAGCGUGAUCGGACUUGACGACCACAGUGCAAGACAACCCAGGAUGAUCCUUGUGUCUAUUUUAUUUGGCGGGGAAAUGCAGAUGUUUGCGGAGACGUUUGAUGACAUUGAAGAAGCUGAACCGUUUGAGCCCGAAAACACCGUGUCCUUCCGACUAAAUGUGGCGUUGAAUGCUCUUCGGGCAAAGAACCAACGUUUGCAAUUUCCAGAAAAUUGAGUGUUUCUCCAAAUUUCUUCCGAACUAAACUUAAGGAAGAGACGUUUUUAUCUUAAACUAUAACGUUUUAUGUACGUUUUUCAUCAUGUUCCUGGAAUUUGGAGUGAGAUGUUUCUUUACGUCGUGAAAGUUUAUUUCUUUGAUAUGUUUUUUUUUACCUGCAACUAAAAUUGCAAGAAGGAACGACCAGAUAAAUUAUUUGGCAGCGAUUACUUUAUUAAAUUGCUUGAUUGUAUAUUCAAUGAUUAUGUUACACGUUUGCUUCCUUUACAAUGUUUGCUUUGUGCAUUUUCUUUAAUUAUUUAAAAAGUGAAUAAGUCCUGGAGAAGAUCCUCUGAUUUCUGAUCGGCUGUAAAACACUUUAAACACUUUAAAAUCUAUUACACGCAUAGGUCCUGCCCCAAUACAGAUAACCACAGUGCGCCCAUAAAUAAUGAGUUCAUCUAUAGAAUAUGCACGUUUCCCUAAAUUUAUCUUUUUAAGGAAAUAUUGGCCCACCCAAAAUAAUGUUCAGGAAAUGGGGAUGCAUCCUAAUCUAAAUUAUUAAAGAAAUCGGCUCUUUCAUAUAUAAUUAAUCAACAGCCAUUUUUUUGUAUCUAGCCAAUGAAAUGUCUUAUUAUAUUGUUAUCAUUUUUUUCUGCUGACAAAUAUAUGAAGCGCUGUCGAAUACUGAGGACCACCUAUACUUACUGAGUACCACUUAUACUAACACUUGUUCAUUUGAUGUUCGAUAAUUAUUACAACUUUUAACAAUAAACCUAGAAUUUCA